AUGUCAGAGCCAUCUAUCAAGCUUAGGGCCGCUAAGGACACCCUGGUGUCGUCGUUGUUUGAACUGUCAAAGUCCGCUAACCAAACGGCUUCGUGCAUCAUCGACUUCUACAAUGCUAUUGGCGAGGACGAAGAGGACAAAUUGGAAGCGUUCACAACGCUAACAGAAGCUUUGCAGAAAUUGACGUCGGCCACUAACCAGAUCCAUGGAGUCAGCUCAGAAUUGACAAACCCUCUGGAAGACGACAAAGAUGUGAUUCCGGCCAUUGUGUCGCCAGUCAAAGUUACAGCCGCGAGAAAGAAGCAAGAACGGGAUCCAAACGCCCCAAAAAAACCACUCACGGUUUUCUUUGCCUAUUCAGCCUACGUUCGUCAAGCACUACGUGAAGACAGACAAAAAGCGGGUCUUCCUCCAUUGUCAUCCACUGAGAUCACUCAGGAAAUUUCUAAAAAAUGGAAAGAGCUCAGUGACAGCGAGAAGUUCAAAUGGAAGCAGGCCUACAACGCAGAGCUUGAAAAUUACCAACAAGAAAAACUCAAAUAUUUGGAAGCCAAGAAAAAUGGUCUUGCUCCAACUUUGGACGCUCCCAGUACAGCUCCAGUGCCUCUCCCAGACUACUUGCAAGUCGGUCUAGAAGAGGAAUUUGAGCCCCCAAAAGAGAAAAGACCCCACGAGGACGAUGGUAACACUGGUAGUUCCGAAAAGAAGAAAAAGAAGAAGAAGAAGGAUAGAAAGAAGGAAAAACACGGCAGUAGUUCCAUUUGA